UGAGGCCUGGCCUCCAAGUCAGUAGGUGGCAGUAUUCUAUUAAUCAACUGCUAAAAAUAAGACGAUAUAAAGAAAGCUAACCGUUCACCUCUCGUUUGAGUCGGUAAAAAACAGGAAUUUGUCCACUGUCCAGUUUCGACUGGACGGGUUUUGUCCAAGUAGUUGAAUCCAUCCACUCACGAAGAUGGAUUUCCAGCACCGAGCCGGAGGGAAAACUGGGAGCGGUGGAGUGGCCUCUGCCUCUGAGAGUAACCGUGACCGGCGUGAGCGCUUGCGCCAGCUGGCCCUGGAGACGAUCGACAUCAACAAAGACCCCUACUUUAUGAAGAAUCAUUUAGGCUCAUAUGAGUGCAAACUUUGUCUGACACUUCAUAAUAAUGAGGGGAGCUACUUGGCUCACACACAAGGAAAGAAGCAUCAGACUAACCUAGCGCGGAGAGCAGCCAAAGAAGCGAAAGAAGCUCCUGCUCAACCAGCUCCAGCCAAAGUAAAAGUUGAGGUCAAGAAGUUUGUCAAAAUUGGUCGACCAGGAUACAAAGUAACCAAGCAGAGGGACCCAGAGACCGGUCAGCAGUCUUUACUGUUCCAGAUCGACUAUCCGGAGAUUGCGGAAGGAAUUGGACCCAGGCACCGUUUCAUGUCUGCUUAUGAACAGCGAAUUGAGCCCCCUGAUCGUCGCUGGCAGUACCUGCUGUUCGCUGCUGAACCUUAUGAAACUAUUGCCUUCAAGGUCCCCAGCAGAGAAAUAGAUAAAGCAGAAACCCGCUUCUGGACCCACUGGAACAAAGAAACUAAACAGUUUUUUCUCCAGUUCCACUUCAAAAUGGAGAAAGCUAUCUCCCAGUCCAGCGGUCCAGCUCCUCCUGUCGGUGUGAAGCACCCGCCCCCACUCAUGAGCGGACCGGGAUCUCGGCCACCAGGUGAUAGUCUACCUCCCCCACCACCAGGAGGGAUGUCGGUUCCCCCUCUCCCACCUGGGGCUCCAGGUGCCCCACAGAUGCCCCCACAGAUGCCCAUGCCCCCCAUGCCGAUGAGGCCCCCACCACCAGAAGGCCUCACAUUAUCUAAUAAUUAAUUUACCAUCAUUAGUUUUAUAAUUUCUUUCUAUGAUCAUUCCUGGAUUUGCCAAAAAAAAAUCCAGUUUGAGUCUGUUUUGUAGAUUUUUAUCAAUUUUCAGGAUAAAAAUAAAUAUGUGGGGGUAACAUCUCAAGUUUUUUUUAUCAUAAGUGAGCUGAAAACGUUUUUUGAAAAACUGUUUUUCUAAAUAAAUGCCACCAGGGAAUGUUG